UUCUCCGUUUAUGGUCACAUCUUUUUCACCGAAGUGGCAACACCGCGAGUUUUGGUUUUUUUCGCACACGAUAAAAGUCGGAAAUUAUUGUAGUUUUGAAGGAAUUGCAAAAAGAAUAGAGCCCCAGGACAUAUGCAAAGGCUAGACAGCGGCAAAAGGUGUUGUUGCUGCUGCUGCCCUGCCGCCUCGCGAUCGAUUGGGUGUUGCAUGCCUAUGUGUGUGUUGCGGCGUGCUCUGGCGUGCCCCAAGUAAAUAAUGUGGAACAUGAUGUGCGACGUAAUGCCCACGAUUUCGGAGGACAGCAUAUCGCAGCGCUCUUCGCAGUUCAGCGGCGAGGAUGCGAAUUUUGAGCAGCUGAUGGUCUCCAUGCUCGAUGAGCGGGACAAGCUGAUGGACAGCCUGCGUGAGGCGCAGGAGCGGCUGGGCGAGACGGAAGGGAAGCUGCGCGAUGUGGAAAAGGAGCGUGAUAGUCUCCAGCGUCAAAUCAAUGCCAAUCUGCCGCAGGAGUUUGCCACACUCACCAAGGAGCUGACACAGGCACGCGAGACCCUGUUGGAGCGCGACGAGGAGAUUGGCGAACUCAAGGCGGAACGCAAUAACACCAGGCUUCUACUGGAGCAUCUGGAGUGCCUGGUGUCCCGGCAUGAGCGCUCCCUCCGCAUGACAGUGGUGAAGCGUCAGGCUGCUGCCCAGAGUGGCGUCUCCAGCGAAGUGGAAGUGCUCAAAGCCCUGAAGUCCCUGUUCGAGCACCACAAGGCGCUGGACGAGAAGGUGCGCGAGCGGCUGCGCCUCUCCAUCGAGAAGAACAAUGUGCUGGAGGAGGAGCUGAAUACAACCAAAGAGGAGCUGACGCAGUACAAGGCGGGCGGCACGGGUGCGGGACCAGGGAGUGGCUCCGUUCCAGGUGGAGGCACUGAGAAUGGCCUGAAAGAGAAGAUGGCGGGCGGAGGCGUGGGCGGAGCUGGCGGCGGCGUCAAUGGGGACGCCAAUGAGCUCAACGAUUAUGCGGCCAAAACCCACGAGCUGCAGACGAUCAUCGAGAAGCAGACCUCCGAACUGUCGCAAUGGCAGCGACGUGUCUCCGAUUUGAACAACAAAAUCAGCGAACUGGAGGAGAAUAUGUCGCGGGUGCAGAAGGACCACUGCAAGGCGCAGGAUCAGUGCUCCAAGCUGCAGCGUGAUCUGCGCGAGAAUGUGGCCCAAAAGGAGGACCAGGAGGAGCGCAUAACCACGCUGGAGAAGCGCUAUGUGAACGCGCAGCGCGAGUCCACGUCGCUGCACGACCUGAACGAGAAACUGGAGCAGGAACUAAGGCACAAGGAGGCGCAGCUAAAGCUGCACGAGGAAAAGAUCGGAGCCAUUGAGGAGAAACUGGAGCUAUCCGAACAGAAGCUUGCCCAACAUGCCAAACUUCAGCCCGACAUGGAAGAGCAGCUGAAGGCGCGCAUGGAGGCGUUGACUAAGGUAGGAAAUAAGGCUCAAGAGAGACAUGGAUCGGCGGAGGAUCGUAUACGGGGACUGGAAACGAAUCUGGAUGAGAAGACCACGGAGGUUGUAAGACUGAACCAGCGUCUCAAGAUGAACGAGGAGCACAAUCUGCGUCUGUCCUCGACGGUGGACAAGCUGCUGUCCGAGUCCAACGAGCGGCUGCAGGUGCAUCUGAAGGAGCGCAUGCACGCCCUGGACGAGAAGAACGCCCUGACGCAGGAGCUGGAGAAGGCGCGCAAGGUGGCCGAGGAGCUGCACCAUGAGAAGAGCGAGAUCAUGAAGGAGCUCUCCAAGACGCGCCUGGAGAUUGAGAACUUUAAGCGGCAGCUGCUGCAGCAGGAGAUCGCCUACAAUAUCCAGCAGACGGAGGCCCUCACCCGGAGCCUGUCGCCCAGCAGCGUGGUCGAUGGCAGCGGACAGUUCUCGCGGAGUGCCUCGCACGCCAGCUUCGAGACGCACUCGCUGCGGCGCCAGAAACAGUCGCGGCUGACGGAGGAGAACGCCCUGGCCCGGUCCAUGGCCGAGCAGGAGUGGGAGAAGCUGCAGCAGGCGGCGCACGCCCACCAGCAGGCCUACGAGCUGGUGACCAGUGCCCAGGACUGUGACGACGCCGAUGUCCUGUAUGCGGCCGCGUCGGCGGACAUGAUGUCGCCAUCGGGACACACGGACGCCCAGACGCUGGCCAUGAUGCUGCAGGAGCAGCUGGAUGCCAUCAACAAUGAGAUACGGCUGAUCCAGGAGGAGAAGCAAUCGACGGAGGCGCGAGCCGAGGAGCUGGAAUCGCGGGUCGGCAGCCUGGAGCAUGUGAAUCUGUUGGCCCGCGGACGAUCCAUGGACCGGCAGAGUCCGGAAAUGAGUGGGAGGAGCACUCCGAAUAGCCCUCAAAGGGAUUUCAUGCAGAAAUAUCAUACGCUCAACUUGCCCGUGCUGUCCAGCGAUGCCUCACGCGAGGAACUCCAUGGGGGGAUGUCCACCACUGGCGAUUCGAGCUCUGGCGGCGCUGCAUCACCAUUGACGGCCCGUUCGAUGCGCUUGGAGCGUGUGGCGCAGGCCCUGGCCCACAGUCAGGAGGAGCUGCGUCGUCGCUCGAUUGGAUUGAACCCGAAUGCGCCCGUUUCCCAGAACCACAACCACAUGGCCAUGAGCACUCACGGCAGCUACGGCCUGUCGCCUCUGAGCUCGCGCUACGGCAGCCAGGAGUCGCUCCGCCACUACAACACCAUGGGCUCCAUGUCCAUGCUGCAGACACCCACCUCGGGUGUGUCCAGAGAGGCCGCCGCUGCGGCGGUGCAAAAGAAAAAGGGCAUCAAGUCCUCGCUGGGGCGUUUCUUUAGCAAAAAGGAAAAGGUCAAGGGCGUCAAGGACACGCUGCCCGAUGGCUCGCCCAGCAUGAUGUCCAUCGGCAAUCUGUCGAUCGGCCUGAGCGAAGUGGACUCCAACUACGAUGCCAUGAGCAUGACGGGAGGCAUGAUGCCGCGGAUUGCCAGUGCGCAGGGAUCAAAGAUCAGCAGCGUCGACUAUGGCAGGCAGAAAAAAGAGCACGACUAUCGCAACGAUUUGUUGGGUGAGGCCAUGAAGGCGGGCACACCGUUUGCCCUGUGGAAUGGUCCCACAAUUGUGGCCUGGCUAGAGCUUUGGGUGGGCAUGCCCGCCUGGUACGUGGCCGCCUGUCGCGCCAAUGUCAAAUCGGGUGCCAUUAUGAGUGCCCUCAGCGAUACGGAAAUACAGCGGGAGAUUGGCAUUAGCAAUCCUUUGCACAGGCUCAAAUUGCGUUUGGCCAUACAGGAAAUGGUUUCACUGACCUCUCCCUCGGCGCCACAAACCUCCAGAACCACAUUGGCAUUUGGCGACAUGAAUCACGAGUGGAUUGGCAACUACUGGCUGCCCGGACUGGGUCUGCCGCAAUAUCGCACAACAUUUAUGGAGUGUCUAGUGGAUGCCCGCAUGCUGGACCAUCUGACCAAAAAGGACUUGCGCGGCCAGCUGAAAAUGGUGGACAGCUUUCAUCGCACCAGCCUACAGUAUGGCAUCUCAAUGCUCAAGCGCUUGAAUUACGAUCGCACCGAACUGGAGCACAGGCGAAAGAUGAGCGAGAAUGGACUGUGCGAUGUGCUGGUGUGGAGCAAUGAACGCGUCAUACGCUGGGUGGGCAGCAUAGGACUUAAAGAAUAUGCCAACAAUCUGCUCGAAUCGGGUGUGCAUGGGGCACUGAUGGCCCUGGAUGAGGGCUUCGAUGCCACUGCCAUGGGACUGGCCCUACAGAUACCCACACAAAAUGCUCAGGCUCGCCAAAUACUCGAUACGGAGUUCAAUAAUCUACUGCAAAUAGCCACAGAUCGGAGGCCGGAGAACGAGCAGCGAAGCGCAUCCUGAUGCAGCUACAGUCCGCCCACAACAUCGGUGGAUGAGUAAUUCAGCGAAAGCAGACCCAAGCAGGCACUAAAAAAAAAAGACCAGGGCAAAAGACCUUUUUCCUAAGCCAGAACUAGAAAUGAGAGACAGAUAUGAAAUGUUAGCAUCAACUAAAAGCCACAAAAAAAUUCUAACAAGAAAGACGCAACGCAAGAGACUCCCCCGCAGCAUGAUGCACGUCUAAUCCAUAUAUAUAUAUAUCUAUAUAUAUAUAUAUACAUAUAUAAAUACACGCAUAGUCAUACAUAUACGUAUAUAUAUCCAUAAAAUCAACAACAAGACAAUGUAUACAAGACAUAGCACAUACUCUAUAUAGGAAAUAUUGUACGAGAUCAAGUUCGUUCGGUUCGGUUCGGUUCGGCCCGGGAUUUUGCAGUGGACUGCCGCUGCCGUGUACAAGUUUUAGAAGCUAAACAGUUUAUAAUUAUUAUAUUUUUUACCAAGUGACAUAUAUAAUUUACACACACAUAUAUUGUAUAUAUAUAUAAACGAUAUAGUGUAAUUGGGCUUGCAAUAGACUAACAGUAUUUUGUUUUAUAUAGCUAUGAUUGUUCAGAGAUCGGACAGAGAGACAGGCGUGCUUCGAACCAAAUUCGUAACCAAACAUUGUUUGUUAUAUAAUUUUUAUGGCAUUUUUUGUACAGUUUUUUAUUUAUAAUUCAUUUAAAGUACAGUUUCUUUUGUAUUAAUUUUUUUUAUGUACAUCGUAAAAACUGAAAGAACAACAUGCACAACAAUCAGGCAUACAUAUAUAGUAAACCGCUGCAUAUAUAUAUAUAUAUAUAUACGAUACACAAACACAUAUAUAAAGCUCACUUCUAUAAACAGUAAAUAUAUAUAUAUAUAUAUAUAUAUAUAUAGAAUAUAUUAUCAAGCAUACGUGUAACUAACAAAAGAAAGUAUUAAAAGAGGGAGGAAAGUGGAGGUGAAAGUGGAAGAGGUGGAUCGAAUAAGUCGCAAGCGCCCAUUGAAAAAUCAACUAUUUACACACACUCUUAUAUAUUGUAUACAUACAUACGAGAUGAAUCCAGUAAUCGAACAAGCUUUAAGGGCAAACUAAACCUAAAACUAAACCUAAACCUAAAACUAAAAACCUAAAAACCUAAAACGUAAAAACCUAUAAAAAAACUUAACUCUUAGCCUGUGCUUAAACUUUCUCUUAACUCGAGCAUCAUACAAUUAUUUGGCAUCUUUAAAUAAUUCGUACGAAUAAUAUUCAAAACACAAUCUAAAAGCAUAUCCAUUGUUUUUCAAAACAAACCCCCAAAAAAAAUCCCCUUUCCAUUUUCUAAGUUGUUACGUUUAAGGUCUUUUCUGUUCGGAAACCCUCGGAAAUUAAGUUAUUUUCUGAUGUACUUAUUUGUGCAGAUCUACAUUUAAAGCACACAAACUGCCUGCAUGUCCAUGCAUGCGCCAUGCCCCAUGCCCCAUGCCCCGUACAUACUGCUUCAGUUGUUGGAUGUUUCUGUUCUGUGCAUUACGUAUUUUUAAGUUCUAACCAAAAUCGUAACUAACGCUUGUCUUUAAGUUGAAAACCAAUAUGUACGUAUGAUUAAAAGAGGUAUAAACAUUUAAAUUUAGUUGUACGACAAGUAUAAAUAUCUAACUAUAACAAAUACUAACAAGACAAGAAGCAUACUUAAUGAAAUUAUUUCAAACGUAUUAGCAAAAUUAAUAACAACAUAAAAACCAUGCGUAAAAGAACUUCUAAACAAGGGCAAAACUUAUUUAUGUAUGUAAACGACGACGGUAGCAUUAAAGCAAAUAUUUAUGAUGUGUAACCCUAAAUUUACUAAAUACGAGUACUAAUGCAAGAUCUAAGUUAAUUUAAACGGAGGACGGAUCCAUCGAGGGCGGAUCGAGUAUCGAUUGAUUGGUUUAAUUGUUGACUUUUUGUUGAAUAAUCCGCGAAAAGAAGAUCUAAAGUAACUAAAGUAAAAAUAAUGACACUAAAAAAUAUAUAAAUUGAUGAUUACACGCAGCAUAUGUAAAUACUAUUAUAUAUUUCAAAAAUAAUAUUGUGAAAAGCAUGGAAAGCGGAAAUGGAAAAACAAUACUAACAAUUUAGUAAAGGCGUAAAAUUCCGAUUUAGGAGUUUUUUAUAUGUACCAUAUAUAUUUGAAAAGAUGAGAAAAAAAAACAAGCAAACCAACAAAAAGCAAAACAAAA